GUGCUCGGACCAAAUUCUCCGGGGAAAGAUGGCGCGAAAAGGGCUUUGGAUUUAGGCGCGAAGUUGGUCUCCCGCUUCCGGGGCUAGGCAACCGGCAUGAUUCGACGUACUCUCCGGUUUCAGUUAUCUCAGGGCGACGCUCCAGAAGGCUCUGCCUCCAAGAAGAAAGCGGGGAAAUGUGGCGGCGCCAGAAACCACCAUAUAACAGAAUUUUUUAAGCCACCCAGCAGGCCAGAGACUGAUGCCCUCGUUUCUGCUUUAAGAGAAACUGUCUGCAGUCAAUCAAUGAAGCUGCAGACUCCGGGCGGUGGCUCUUGGAAUGAGAAGUCAGCCACGUGUCAGAGACCAAGAAUUAUCCCCACAUCAUCGACAAAUGAACGCCCCAGCUCUGAGCCCAGUCUAAGUGUCAGAACAGAGGAUCAGAAAAUUGUAAGAAAAUUUGAGGAGUUUUGCCCAAAGUGUGGAAAGAGCUUACUGUUUCCAAGGGUGUUGCUGCAGAGACUAACCUUGAAUGUCAACUCACAGGUUUAUUUAGAAGAUAAAGAAGGGUAUAAAAUAUUUUCAGAUAAUUUUCAGACUGUUCGUAUCAGCAGUGAUAGCAGCCUGCACUCAUCAUCCCCAAAAUUUGGGUCACGCUCUAAGCAUUCGCUGACUGUUUUGGGGAGUGCCUGUCAAACUAUAAUGAGAAGGCAAAACAAGUGCUGUCCCUUAAAGUCUCUUAACUUAUUAAGGUCAGAUUUACAGGUGCCACUUGACUUUGGCCAGGAUGAAAUAACAUGGAAGAAAUACAUGAACCCGGUUGUUAAUCUGGGGAAAAAUUGGUGCAAUCAGGUUGGUCAACAGGUAAAAAGCACCUCUUCUGCUCUUAAGCGCAAGUUGGAUUCCCAAAAUGGUUCUUUCACUGAAUGGUGCAGAACUCCUAAAAUGUCAAAAAUUGAUGAAGAUUUUAACCACUUGUUGACUUCUGUGGCCGCACCAUCGGAGUGUAACCGGCAUGGAAAUAAUGCUUCUCAUUCCUGUCAGAAAAGUGCAGAUCUGGAGACUGGACCCUCUGUGCCUGGGCUGGCCAAACCUGAUUUAUCGCACAAUACAGAAUCUGGAAAUCCGCUCAGCGGUGCUUCAGUUUUGACUAAAGAGAUUGUCUGGCAUGAGUCUCCUCUGUGUGGAAAACCUUCAAGCCCCGGUAAAAGUUCAGAUGUGUCCCCAGCUCAUAGUGAUCGUUCUUCUAUACCUGACUCUGAUGAAGUCAGUGAAAACAAAUUGAAGAAAGGAACUUCUUGCAGAGCUCUUUGUCGUGUCUCAGACAGUGAUGAAUCCUUUGUGGGGUUUCCAUUAAGUAGUGAUGAUGAGAAAGAGGAGGAGGAGGAGGCCUUUAAACCACUGGAUGAGAUUUUUCAAAUGACAAGAAAACCACUUCCAGCAACUCCCCAAAAAUAUAUCCUAGACCACUCGCUUGCUUCCUUAUCUCCGGCUUCGCUCCUUGGAACACCAGCUAUCAAAAAUGUAAAACCGUCAGUGUAUGAUAAUAACUUGGAUCGACUAGUGAAAGAACAGGAAGAGUGCAAAAGGUUAGAUGAGAUGGAAAAGCUAUUACAUGAAGACCUAGAGAGAGGAUUGGGGGUCGCCAAUGAACAGGAGGACAGUGCCGAGGAAGGUGAACUUACAGAAUGGCACAGAGAAUUUUUGGACAAAUUUAAAUUUGUCACGAAUGCUAUACCAGAUCAGCAUCCAGGGGAGGAAGUCUUCCACUUACCUGAAUCUGGAGCGAUCUUCAGCCUCCGUAAACUUGACUUAAGACAUUCAGAAUUCUCUCCUGAAAGCGCAGAGGAAAAUCUAAUUUUCAGUUGUAGUCCAGAAAAUCAAAUCACUUUGGCUACGGAGGGUUUUUUGACUUUUCUGUAUCGCUUUAAGAAAUGUCCUGAUUUUCUAAUGAGAUGGAUGUUCCAGGUGGUUUCUAUUCACCCAUCGUAUGCCGUUUCCGUGAAACUUCUGCACACACUGAUAGAAAUUUGUUGCACUCAUCUUCAAAAUCUGCAAGAAAAACCAUGGACUCCAUCGUUGUUGGAUAUAGCUACUGUGUUUGCAAACAUGGGCAUUCGCUUUGAUACUCUGUUCCCUCUGCCACAUAUUCAGCCUUUAUUUGGCUCCACCGACAUGGGACCUGCACUGCCGCUGGACGGGUUACAGGAAAGCAGAUGCUCUGAGCCAAUAUUUUCUCAUAUUCCAGAAUUUCAGAUUGCACAUGUGAUUAAGUUUUUAGGGUUUUGCUCGGCAAUCUGCAGAGAGAGCUUCUGUGACCUGGAAAUCCUUGCACUUAUAGUUUUGCUCUUAAAACUGCACUUAGAAAAGGACUUAAAGGACUUUCCCACAAUGGACUUGCACUGCCUUAUUGAAGCCCUGCUUCAAAAUAUUAAGUCCUGGGACAAAGUGAUGCCAGAAAUGUUUUACGCAAUAAGUGAACUUUCCAGUCACCAUCAUAACUGCAUCAAACUGUUGCAGCUCAUUCCGACUACAGAGAAUCGUGGAAGACAGUUACGAAAACACCUCAGCCUAAUUUACUUGUGUAAUAUUCUGGAAGGGAACUGCACAGGUGUUCCACUAGACUAUGAUUCUCAGAUGCUCCUUUUAAGUCGUUUGAUGUCUCAAAUGAGGCCGUCUUCGUUGGUGAAGAAAAUGCAAAAACUUCCUGAAAAUGAGUCCAAGACUACGCUUGAUUUGGAUCAAGAGGCAUACUAUCUGACUUUCAGCCUUUUGCAUCUUGUAAAUGAUGCCAGUAGCUCAGAUAUGCCACCUUCCAAACAGAGAAAAUAUCUGCAAAAACUAUGCAUUGAACUGGAGAAGUACAUAAAAAGCGAUAUCCGGGAGGAUGCAAGAUAUUUCUACCGAACAAAGGUGAAGGAUUUAGUUGCCAGAAUACAUGGUAGAUGGCAGGAGCUGCUGCUUUAUUCUCAGCCAAAUCAGGGAAAGCUUCGUGAUUACUGGGAGCCUGUGGGUGAUAGCUCAAGCCCCCAAAGCUCACAAGAAAAUGCUGACUGUGCUCUUCAGGACUUUCCUUAUGAUGACAAUUAGUGUCCACCCUCUCCCAAACAAUUUUUACAGUCUGCUUUUCUGUAUAGAAAAUAUACAAAAUAUGCCAUUUUCUGCUGUUUCUUAGAAAAAACUGUUCAGUACUAUUGGAUAAAGUUCAAAGCUUGUUCAGGUUAAAGGGGUUCUAAUACUGCCCAUAAUAUUGCUGACCUGUUGUCGGGAUAGGUCAUCAAUAUUUGAUUGGUGGGCUUCCAACACUCGGCACCCCCGCCGAUCAGCUGUUUGAAGAGGCGGCGCUCCAUGUGAGCACCGCUUCCUCUUUAUUACACCGUACUUCGCCUCUGAAGUGCGGUGUAAUACAAGUACCUGCUCCAUUUAAGGGAAUGGAACGGGUGCCUGUAGUUACACUACGCCACCGCUACAGAGACGAGACUGUGUGAAGACCAGGAAGGAGCGUACGCAUGGACUCCUACCAAUCAUAUAUUGAUGACCUAACCUGAGGAUAAGUUAUCAAUAUUAUAGACCCCUUUAAGAUUCCACAUAAUGGUAAAUAUGUGAUUCACUGAAGAAUGUAAGUAAAAUAACGACAUUUUGUGAUAAUGUUAUAGCAUGGGUUAAAAGUGUAAUAUUACUGAACACUUCCCAAUAUUAGUUAAAGUUGCGACAGAACAAAUAGAAGAUGAAAGCGGUUGUGUCAUCUAGGAUAUGCCACCAGUAUCUGACAGCAAUCUCUAAAAACGGAGCCUGCAAAGUGAAGGAGAGCGGACUGCGCUUGUGUGGCCACCCUCCAUUCAUUUCUAUAGGAGUGCCGAAAAUAGCCGCUCGGUGCGGUCUGCUGUUUUCGGAAGUCCCAUAGAAAUUAAUUAAAAGCACACCGCACAAGCUCGCCCACAGCUCCAUUCACUUCUAUGGGACUGACUGGAAUAGCAGAGCCAGUGCUAUUUUUCGACAGACCCAUUGAAAGUGAUGGAGGGUGGCCGUACAUGUGCAGUCCUCUCUCCUUCACAUUGUGGGCUCUGUUCUAGAGAUAGGUGCGGGUCAGACAUUGGUGGUGAUAUGCUGCCAAUGUUUGAGACGACGCAACCCCUUCCGUACUAGGGGCAUUGACUUGCACUUUAAAUAUUACAGCCUAUACUGUAGGCAGAACUGUAUAUUUUUGUUUUGUUAUAUAUUUUGUAAGAAAAAUGUUGUGAAAUGUUGUUCUUUGACUGUACAAAAGUGGCUUUUCAUUUAUAGCUGACAAGAUAUCCGCACACUUAUAUUCUCACACCCAAUCUCUGGUAUCUUCUCCAAAAGUCAGCAGCAUAGAUAUGAACAUUAACAGAGUUGGUACCCAUCGGAGUGUCCUAAUUUUAGCGGGAGAGCUUUCAUUUAUACAGUGAUAUACUGUAGAUAUUAGCCAUGUUGGAUAAAGCUGGCCAUACACAUUAGAGCUAUUUCUGCCAAAUCCGACAAUUUCAAUGGGUCCAGUUGAACAUCUAACGUGUAUGGGGCCCCCCGAUUCUGACGACAGCAGAUUUGUCAAAGGGAGAUGAGGAUUGGGCAACGACAAUUUUAACGCACUCAAUGCUUUUGUUCUUCUCAUUUAUUACCUACAGUAUGCAUGUGAGGAACAGAAGAGAUAGCUGUAAAUCAAAUGAGCGUUAUAUCGCAUGGCCAGCUUCAGACUGGAUGAGAGUUCCUGUUUUAUCUGUCAUCCAAAUGUCUGGUUUUAGGGAGUUUGCUAUUAACCUGUCACUAUGACUGACCUAUACAAUAUGGUCAUUGGUAUGAUAUUUGAGAAAUAAAGGACUUCCUAGUUCUGUGGCGUUCACAGGGCAUCUAGCAUUGGCUGAGAAGGUUGCUGUGAUACGGUCUAUGAUGCAAUUAUUUUCUUUGAACACAUUCUCACCUGCAAAGCAGAAAAACAAAGAUAGUGCUUCAUAGUCAGGAUCAGCUUUGACAUGAAAAGAUUGGAUAGAACACUGCAUAGUGUGCUGUACGAGGAGGCCCAGCUCACAACCACUUGUGUAAUGUCAGCUUCUGCAUCUACCACAACAUUAGUCACCGAUGUACUGGACGGCUGGGUCAUUUACUGCUGUUGCGUCCACAACAUAGUCUUGAGAAGCAGUUCUUAAAGCACUUUUUUUACACUGUGCUUUCAACCAAUGUGUUUCAUGCUCAGACCAAGCUCUUUGUUAGGCUCAGCACAACAGAGAUGGCAG